AUGGAAGAAACUGAGAUGCUUAUGGCCGCGAAUCACAUGCAACAGGAACCCGAUCUCCUACCACACACACCAUCCUCUGUUAGCAAGCAGAGCAGCCUCUUGCCAAGCCAUCUCUGUACACCGAAUGAUCGCAAUGGAGAGGUACCGAUGCAGUUAAACGAAGGGCAGUCGCUGACAGCAACAGUAGACAACCAGGCGGAGAAGGCAGCCACAUUAACUGCUGCGAACGACGAUAUUUCCAAGUCUUGCUGGCAGGCGACCAAGAACAACAACACCCCUUGGUCGUUGCACCCACGUGAGGCGUGGGCAACACCGAGGUCGACGCUCAACCCUGAGGCCAAGGAGUUCAAGUUGCCUUCUGGCAAGGCGGACGACUCGUUUGCUUCAUCUGUUAUGAGCAUGAAUGCGGCAGCGAUGCUGCACAUGCCGUUAAUGUGCAACGGUGGCAGCAACAGUGGUGAAGGUGGCGGUGCCCCGUUGGCGAUUCCGCUCUUCGCCGUGCCGUCCAUGACGGUCGAGUGGCGCUCCACAACGGGUGUUAUGUGCGAGCCGGCAUUCGCCCCGGCGGGUGGCGUCACAUGCGAGGCGGUCUUCGCCCCUGCCGCGAAGCCCGACAGGACGCGGUGGCCGCCGCCGCCCUCACGCCAUGCCGGCGCCCCGGUGACCCCGCGAACAUUAGCGGGGCUCAUCAUGGAGGACUACGCCGAGGAGUGCCGCAGCACCGGCUGCCACAUGGUUGCGGUCUUCAAUCUGGAGCCACGCACAACGCAGGAAGAGCUUCUGAGCAUAUUCUUUCCAAUGGGCGCAAAGAAGGCGGAGUUGCUGCCCCCACACCGCUCACCGCGGCCGAAUCGUCGUGCCGGCGUGGUAUUCUUUUCGUCCAAGGCCUUUGCCGCGGUGGCGGUCGAGAAACUGCACGACUUUGUGCCGAACCGACAGCACCAGCCUCUCAGGGUGCAGUAUUGUGGCCCUGAUGCGUCGGAGACAGUGACCCGAGAGACAUCAGUCCAGUCCACUACAUCGCCUCACUCGCUACCAUCGUCCACGCGAUAUUCACAGCCUCAGCAGACGAUAACGACUCCAGCGAUGGUGCCGACGUCCCCGCUGCAGCCUUGGCGUUUGCCGGCGGGAGCGCAGCUCGACCGCAUUCAUGAGGAAAUGUGGCUUUUUGUGAAGAGCAGCUUCUCUUCCUACCAGGGCGUCCUGAAGCAUGUCGUUGCUGUCCAUGGCUUGGACCGCAAUCAAGCACAGAACGUGCUGAACUGUAACUUUCUUCUCAAGGGUGCGGAGAGGUAUGAGAUGUGGCCGGCGAAGGCCUGCGGCUUUGUUUCAUCUCCAAUGCUGUGUAACGGUGUAAGUGCCCUCGUAUUUUACUCGCAGGAGGUGUUGGCUAAAAAUGCUGUUGCGUGGUUCCAACAGUGGCCACCAGAGGGUCAGGCGCAGCCCAUCGACGUUGUGUACCUUAACGGUCUGGCUUUCGCAUCCAGCAGCCCAGCGACUGGCAGCAUUCAAUCGUGCAGCGAUAUACAGGAAACCAAUAGUGCUCAUGGCAGUGUUGCUCAAGCCUCUACUACUUCUCUUGCGGUGACUCCUGUCAGCCCUUCCCACAUCGCGGUGUUUGACAAAAUUGACGCCUACUUUAUGCGCGAGUAUGGCGAUCCAAAUCUGUACCUCGUUGGCGUCCACAACCUGCUGGCGAAUACCGACAAGAAGGCUCUUUUUAGGCUUCUUGCUCCUCAUGGGGCACUCGAUGCGGAGAUGUACCCUGGUGCAGUCAGUGUUGGUGGUGAGGUGCGCAGUAGUGGUGUGGCCUUCUUCGAUAAUGAGGCUGUGGCGCGCAAGACUGCAGAGAAGCUGCACAACUUUGCCCCAUUCAAGCAACCCUUCCCAGUUGUUGCACGCUAUUUGCUCAAACCUGUUACAGCGGAUGUAAAGGAGAAGACAAGCUCUACGGCGGCGACAGCGGCGGAAGUUGUGUCCCGCGCAAUGGGCGGCGCCAGGCCGGAUCCAUUCCUAUCUGCUGUCGCGGAAGAGCUCUACGCCCCCAUAGUAAACGCCGACCAGCUGACAGAAAAGAUGGUACAACUUAUGGAACGCCCAGAGACCACGCAAGAAGUGGCUGGACAGCUGGCGUCUGUGAUCAAUGAUACCCUUACGGCGAUGAAACACCAUGCAGUGAAGCUUUCGACACCACUUGUGCACGCGUUGCUGGGCUUGCACGAGAAGCUGAAUAUUCCUCGAAGGAAGUCUAAAGACCCGGUCGUGGAGGCUGAGGUGCAGGAACCUGUCGUAGCACGGAAUAUACUCCUCAUGCAGAUUAUUGCACGUGCGCUGAUGAAUCUUCUUAUGGAUAACUCCAAGCCCCAUGAGUCGCGUAUGGUCGCUGCUGUUUUGUGUGGGUAUCUCUUUCAGUACAGCUACCUGAUGAAGAGCCCAUACGAGCUGGCGGUCAAGCUGAUUGUGGCGAACGAGAAGUCCCUUGACAUUGCACGAGACCACCGAAAAAAUGGUCAGAAUGCAACGAUACCGGUGACCAUCGUCGAACUGGAAGAAGAAGAGCAGAAACCGUGGGUGACGUUGAUGCAGUGUCUGGAACAGAUGACGUCUCUCUGGCGGCAAUACAACAAGUCCCGCGCGAAGAAAGACCCUUUCCGAAAGGAGUUUGAGCGGCGUGCGAAUGACUUCUUCCAACGGAACGCCACAAGUGUAGGUGGAACCAGCAGCUCGCUCAACACUAGCACACGUCCCACUCCUCGACGUGUGGUGGCCAAGGUAACGCCGGGAACUGGUAGUGGAUGCAGCAAUAGUUCACCCGGCCUGACGCAGGCAUCGCCGGUGGCACCACGCGUGGAUCUUGGUACAUUUGUGGACACCAGCGGCUACUCCAACGACAUGUCAAUGGAGAGCAACCCCUCCGUAGCAAUGGUUCCGAUGUCGUUCAUGAGCGACCCCUCCGCCGUAGCUUCGCUGUUGGUCGAUAAAAGCCGACCUGUGCUCAAUGUGCUGUCACAGCAGCAACAGAAGGAUCAACAACAACAACAACAGCGGAUUCCAAUAACCCGACCAAAUGCUCUGGAUAUGGCCUCUGCGAUGGAGUCAACCAAGCCACCACCUGGUUUGCGUACGUUUGGCACCAUACAGGGAGUGUAUACGCAUGCUGAGCUCAUGGAGCGCACCGUCUACAUUACUAAGCUCCCUGCUACACUUCGACGCUCGCAGUUUCGCCGACUCCUGCUGCAUUUCGGAGAGUUCAACAAGGUGCGCUUGUGCCGCGACGACCACCAGUUUCAAUCGAAGACCGAAGCGAACGGCUUGACAGCCGGUGAGCCACCUGUUGCGCUUUGGUUCAGCUUCGUGGAGUUCGCCGAGCAAAGCAGUGCCAAGGCAAUGAUUGAAUACUUCCGCAACACCAUCUCCAAUCCGCAGCCCUUUGGUUUCCUCCUUGACAAUACAAUGGCGUGGCCCGAUGCAAGUCGGUUUACAGUGGAGAAUAUUCAAGCGCUGCUGAACGUCCGCACAAGCCCGGCGAGGAACCCCAUUCAUGAUCAGUUACCGCUCGAUGCUAUUCUGACAUGUGCGCCACAGCAGCCGAAGCUUGUGCUUCGCAAUCGACCCUGCCAUUUCGGUUUAGAGGGAGGUGAGAGUACGCUCGAUACCGGGGCCGACGCCACAUCGAUGCCGCCACUUUCCCAAGCUGCUCUCUCGAACUUGGCCGCCGGCCGAUAUACGCCCGGCUCCGUAACAAUGACGGUGGCGCCUGCUUCGGCAACAGCGUCAAGAACACCAACAACAACGACGGCAGCUGCAGCAGCAGCAGGGACAACAGAUCCGUGCCUUUUGUUAGCUGCGGCAGCCCAAACGGCGGAGCGCACCAGCAGCGACGCGGUGGAAGAUGACAUGGAGUUUCACAGUAUCAUGAACGCUGUCGUGCCAUCUGCGCCGUCCGACGUGUGGGGCUUUGAGUGUGCGAGGGCCGCGGUGCACAGCAACGAUCAUCUCUUCGACGCGACGCAGGUGCCGUGGCUGAAGAGUGUUGCCACGGAAGGGCACGGUGGCGGCGUGUGGGCGACGGAUGCGGGGAAGGCGGCCUUCAGGGCAUACGUGGCGCCGCUCGGUAACCCCCUCAUCGAGGACGACGAGGACAGCGGGUCCGACUAA